GUCAAUAGAAACGGCGCCCGUAAUCUUUUUGUUAUCGAGGUUAACGAGCACUUGUUCAGUAAAGUGAGCAAGGGCAACAGUGGUGGAGAGUUUGGAGCGAAAACUGAAUUGUUCAGAAGCCAAUAACUUAUGCUCUUGUAGAUAGUUGUAAAUUUGACGGUGGACUAUACGUUCUAAUAAUUUUCUCAAAGUCGGUAGAAUGGUGAUUGGUCUAUAGUUGUUCGGUGACGUUGGAUCGCCAGAUUUGUAAAUGGAGGUAACCUUACCUUUCUUCCCGAUGUCGGGGAAUGAACCACAGCGUAGCGAGAGAUUAAAGAUCUUUGUGAGAGUUGGUGCAAUAACGCAGACGGUGUCUUUAAGCAGUUUAACACUAAUCCCAUCUUGGCCAGUAGCCUUGUUGGUUUUUAGUUUGCUCAGUUCCUGAAACACAAUUAAUUCGUCGACUUCUUCGAACUGGAAUGAAUGGGGAAAUGUAGUGGUAGACGCACGUAACUUUGGUUUGAAUUGAUCUUUUAUUUUAUUCGCAAGUUUAGACCCUAUAGACGUGAAAUAGUCAUUUUAAUGACUGUUAAAUGGUUAUUUUAUGAAUGUUAAAAAGAUUUAUUUACUAUUUACAAGCCUGGUUCUGCAGUUCAUAAGAUUGGGAAUCGCCACCUCUUUAAAUAAUUCCAAACAGGACUUUGUUGAAUUGACAUACUUUGCAACAAACAGCGAGUUACAAUGAGCUGUCAUACUUUGAUACUUUGUUUUUAAACCUGUGCGGUUAUACGUCACCAGUGGCAGUGUCAUUAAUAUUAUUAUUCAAAUAAGUGCACAUUCCAUCUUUAUGAGUCAUCACACACCUAUUGUUUUCAAGCAUUCAACUGUUGGUUGUGUGUUUUCUAGAUUUUACCGGGAAAUAAUUUAGAUAUUUUCGGUAUUCAAUAAAUCCAAUAUCGAUAUUUUAGAAAUUUUGAUAUUUAUCGACUAUAUUGAUAUACCGCAACAGGCCUACAACUGCAAAUUGACCUACAACUGCAAACUGUAAAACUGCAAAUUGGUGAUAAAAUAUUUACUGCAAAGUUUGCACAUUUUACAUGUAAAUUUUUUACAUUGCAGAUGGGAUUUUAUUAAAAAUUUAAAUGUCUUUCGUUUUGGUGCUUGCCACAUAUUUCUAGUUUCGCAUGGCACUAUUUUUUUGGCAUUGUAAUUUGUUUUUUUGAGUUGCUGAUUUUGUAAUCACAAUUGUGUUGGAUUUUGAAAAUAUUUGCAUCUACCUUGCAAAUUUCUAGGUUUGGAGUGCAUUACUAAGGCAAAUGCCAAUGACAGCCAUGAUUCGAAAUCUUGGCGAGAUGACGUCCAUUCAUGGUCUGCUGGCUGGUAGUCCAGAAGAAAGGCUUAUCUGUGACAGGUUACAAAAUGUGCAAUUGUUGAGACAUGCUCGAAUUCAUCCGUUCAAUGUUUUGGUUGCAUUGAAGACGUACGCGGAUGGUCACGGGGACAGAGGAAGAUUAGUCUGGAUACCAAAUGAAGAAAUUCUGGAAGCAUUAAAGAAUGCUUUUUAUAACUCCUUUCAGGUUUGAACUAUUUUAAAAUUUUGAUUAACAAAUCAACUUCCCGCUACGCGGUCGGUUGAUUUCGUAAUCACUCGUAUGAUUAUGGUAUUAAAAGCACUCCAAUUCGUUCUAUUACCAUCAUUUUGUAAAUAUUUAAUGCGAAAAAUGUUCAAUGACACGGAUCGAUGACGACACACGAUUAUAUUACUCAAAACGACCAAUUUCUAUUAACCAGUCUUCCUUUUAACAAAAGACCGGUUUUGCUCGAAUUAUUUUGUGUUAUAACUUAUGUAAUCUUAUGCGUGUUGCACGUAAACAACAUAUCUUGUCUAAAACUUUGAGAAGGUACAGAUAACGCCUUCUAAAAUCCUCAGUUCUAGCGAAUCUCUGUAAAAUCACAAGGAAGUUAAUGCUAAGUUUUUUGCCUAUAUCACUGGCCUGAAAAAUAACUAAUUUAACGCGUAUCCUCAUAAUAUGACAGCAAGGUGACACAUUCUGAGAAGAAACUGAUUAUUCUCAUGGUAACCAUGCUUCAAUUAAGUUUGGUUAUAAACAGGGUAUGCUGCAUAAUAGGAAGACCAAUUGCGCUUUUUAGUUCAGUUAUUUGACAAUCACCAUACAAAGUUUUAGAUUCUACUUAAGGCAUUGAAGGACGUAUAGAUUGCUUGAUAUUUUGACAAACACCGGGCAAAACUCCGCAAAACACAGCUUGCUGCAAUGACCACUUGGCCAGAUUUUUUAAACCAAGGGCUUACGACCUCUUCACUCUUGUGCCGUAUCUGCCACUUUAUGGGUUAAGUUCUCACUGAAAGAUCAGCACUCAGAAUAGGUUUAAUAUUUGUACAACGAUUCUUUUACUAAUUUGUAGCAUGUCGAGUCAACAAAAAAGAGAUACUUGUUGGCUCUUGACGUCAGUGUUUCAAUGUCCUAUGCUGCUGGUUCACAUAUCGCACCUAAUGACGCAUCAGCUGCUAUGUCUAUGGUUGUUGCAAGGACGGAGACCGAAUAUCACAUUGUUGCUUUCUCAAAUGAAAUUAUCUCGCUGCGGGAGCUGGUGAUCGAUGAGAAUACGACUUUGGACGAAGUGCUUCAAUUGAUGCAACAAGUAAAUUAAAGUCACUAAUAUGACAUGUAACAAAUAUAUAACAUUUUCCAUGUUGAUAUUUAACAAUUAUUCGCCGAAGGCGAGGUGAUUAUCGGGGAAUAUUCGCCGAGACGAAGUCAAAGUGAAUAUUCCCCGAUAAUCACCGAGCCUGAGGCGAAUCAUUGUUUUAGUAUUUUUGUGUUUUUUGGGACUGAAUUUAUUUUAAUUUCGCUUAAUUCUUUAUCAGUAUAACGUCCACAAAACGGCUAGCCGCCAUUUUGAAAAUUUCGGUCAGUUUUGUUAUAUUCACCUGUAGGUGAAUUUGACCAAUCAACUUGUAGGAUUUGUUAUGUUCACUUGUGCAAAAAUAUACUAAACAGUUUUAUAAUAUAGCAUUUGUAAAUUCUGAACGCUAAUUGGCUAAGAGCCGUGUUGAUAUAACUCCAUGUCAACACGGGAAAUUUUCCGGCGCUUGCAAACACGGAAAUUUUUCUUAUCCUUCGGGCUUUUGACAUUGCUAUAUUAUAAAAAAAUAUAAAACAUUUUUUCCGUAUUGAUAUAUAGUUAUAUCAACACUCGUGGAAGUUGGGAAAACUCGAAAUUGUAUGAAAACACUCCGCCCUUCGGGCGUCGUGUUUCCAUAAAAUUUCUUGUUUUCCCAAUUCCACUCGUGUUGAUAUAACUGUAUAUCAACACGGAAAAUGUUUUAUAUUUGUUAAAUAUCCACACGAAUGGGAAUUGGGAAAACGAGAAAUCGUGUGGAAACACAACGCCCGGAGUGUUUUCACACAAUUUCGAGUUUUCCCAAUUUCCACGAGUGUUGAUAUAACUGUAUAUCAAUACGGAAAAAAUGUUUUAUAUUUGUUUUAUAAUAUAGCACACAGAAAUAUAAAGAAAGAAAUUUUCCGACGUUUCCGUGUUGGCAUUGAGUUAUAUCAACACGGCUCUUAGCCAAUCAGCGUUCAGAAUUUACAAAUGCUAUAUUAUAAUCUUGUAGGCCUAUAUAAGAUGAGAAAAACUUUCUGCAAGGUGUAAAAAAAACUUCCUGUGAAAUGUUGAAUUUUUUUUCUUAUCAAAAGUUUCCUGCCGCCAAACAUGAAAAUGUCUGUACUGCAGUUAGGCUUGUCUUUAAAGCCCUGGUCAAAUGAGCAUGAGAGUUGAGAAGCGAGGGUUUGCAUGAAAGUUUUCUCAAUUCUCAUGUCCUGGUCAAACGAGAACAAGAGUUACACGAGAAUUGAUGGGAGUUGAGAAGCGAGCGUUUGCAUGAGAGUUUUCUCAACUCUCAUGUCCCGGUCAAACGAGAACAAGAGUUACAUGAAAAGUCUCAUCAAAAUUUGAAAACUCUCAGCGAAAACUCUCAUCAAAAUUUGAAAACUCUCAGCGAAAACUCUCAUCAAAAUUUGAAUGUUGAUGAGAGUUGCAACUUUCAUCAACUCUCAUUCUCAUUUUGACAGAGGCAAAAGUGUUAAGCACGACUGUCAUCAUAUGAAAUUAACAAAUUUCUAUUCAUAGAUUCCAAGGAGAGCCGCAGACUGUGCCCUUCCAAUGAAAUACGCCAUCGAAAACGACUUGGAUGUGGAUGUAUUUGUCGUCUACACUGACUGCGAAACCAGAAAAGUUGGCAUCCAGCCUUCCGAGGCGCUACGACAGUACCGUGAGCAUUCAGGUAUCAGGGACGCAAAGCUGAUUGUGGUUGCUAUGACGUCAAAUGGUUUUACUAUCGCAGACCCCGAUGACCCUGGGAUGCUUGAUAUGGCUGGCUUUGAUUCUGCCGCUCCAGAAGUCAUGAGGGAAUUUAUACUGGGAAAUAUUUAGCGCUGACGACAAACCGUAAGUACACGUUGUGUUGCGUGUAUUCGUUUAAACAUUCUCAUAUCAUUACUAAAUCUUGCACAAAUUAGCAGCGUAUCAUUGCAUUGUUACACACAAAAUAUGUUACUAUAAUGUAGGCGUAGAAUGGAGCUAAGGCUACCAAGCAUUUCGACACAGAAUAGGAGCCAUACAGAAAGUCGAGUUUUGGUUUUGUUUAUGAUUUUGACGUAAUUGUUGCAAUGCUGUCGCCAGGGUGGACAUUCAGUGGGGUGAAUACCUCUCAUAACCGCACUGGCUAUAGGACCACAUUUAUGAUUUUGACGUAAUUGUUGCAAUGCUGUCGCCAGGGUGGACGUUCAGUUGGGUGAAUACCUCUCAUAACCGCACUGGCUAUAGGACCACAUUGAUGAUUUUGACGUAACUGUUGCAAUGCUGUCGCCAGGGUGGACGUUCAGAGGGUGGUGAAUACCUCUCAUAACCGCACUGGCUAGGACCACAUUUAUGAUCUUGACGUAACUGUUGCAAUUUUGUCGCCAGGGUGGACGUUCAGUGGGGUGAAUACCUCUCAUAACCGCACUGGCUAGGACCACAUCUGAUGCUCGAUAUAUGCGAGUGCAAAAGGAACAGGAAAUUUGUGACCAGUCACAAGGGUCACACGGUCACAAUCACUAUAUGCGAAAAUUUGCCCGGGGACCACGCUGCGAUAUUAAUUACGAUAGGAAUCUAUGUGAACACCAAGGUGAAUUUUGGCAAAUUUUAUACACUUCAAGAACUUUUCCUAAGUUUAUCGCUCCAUCGCUCCUCCAUGUGUGGCCAUGUAUUACUAUGUGUGACUACUACCGUAUGUGUGACUAUAUGUGACCCAGUGUUACUGUUUUGAUCAUUCGGACCUCGUAAAACAUUUGGGGCCCUUCAUCAGCAGUGUAACCAACUGUAUUUUGCGUUUAUCGGAAUAAACGCAACAUACGGAAUAUACUUAUAACAAGUAGGUGAAAAAAGUGUGCUCGAAUUGAGCGACAUUACAGCAAAUGAAAAUGGACGCCCCCCUGUAAGUAAAACUGGAGCCAAUGACAGCUCGAUAACGAGCAAAAUGGCGCGAAAUGACGUAACUAUUUGGUGAACCGGGAGAGGGGAUAGAACACUCCCCGUCUGGUAUAUGAAGAUACCACUAUAACUGUUCGUAAUAACUGUUCGAAUACUAUGAAUAUAUAGACUAUAACAAUAACUAAUAUGAACUGUUUGAAGUUUGUUCUUUUAUGAAGUUCUUUAAGGCUUCGGAUUAAGUUCGUCUCGUUAACUGGUCUAGUCUAACUGCGUUUUAUACCGUCCUUCGCAAUCAUCAGCUCAACCUUUCUUACUUUCCUAUCAGCGCUUUCGUGGGCCUUAGUUACACGGGCGAGGGGCAACAUGUUUCUCGCCACUUCCUUGCUCCGGAGCAGAACCAGAUCUCCUUCUUGUAAAUUGGGUUGCUCUCAUUGCCAUUUUCGUCCUGGCUGUAACCUGGGUAAGAAUUCUUUCCGCCAACGAGACCAGAAAACGUUGGAUCCAUUCGCAACCUUCGCGAACUAGGUAGGCUUCGAUAUCUUUUUUAUCCAUCUCGUUCAUCGCUGCUUCCAACUCAUUCCGCGCCCCAACGAAGUACCGCAGUCUCAACGAAGCUGAGCUACUGGAUCUCUUAGUGCUAAAAAUCUGCGUAGGGCGUUGAUGAAGCUAAAGGUGUCCAAAGACUCGAUUAACUCAAUGUGGAUUGUCCUUACAAAAAGCUCUGUUGCCUAUGAAUUUACUUGCCCUGGAUGUAAUAGUAGCAUUUGUAGGUACAUCGGCAAAACUGACCGCUGCUUAUACACCAGAACUAAGGAACAUUCAUAUCACACAUAAUCUGUAAUCCAUCAACACCUUUCUACUUGCGAUCAGUUUCAACAUAUUAAAGCCCUUUUAGAACUAUAUCCCGACGCAUCAUCGUCAUGAUCAUGACGCAAAGUCUAAUCAAACCAGUAUAAUGGCUGAACAUGUUUUCCACAAUACUAUAAAGUAAUUGAUAAAUAUAACCAUUGGUUCCUUUUGCUGUAUCAAGAAUCCCUCGCUAUUCAAAGAUAUAAACCUGAACUUAAUCAUGGAAUUAAGGUUUCUAAAGAACUAAUCAUAUUUAAUUAAUUCAUUAGGAGAAACUGGGGGGACGAGGGUUAAGAGUUAUUUACAUCUUCUAAUAAAUCAUGCCUCGCAGCUAAGGUGACAAACUCAAUUUAGACCAAGUUGUCCGCGUGAGUUUUGUCUAUGAUUGUAGCUAGUUUAUCCUGAUGAUGACUGAAAUAUAGUCGAAACGUUGAUAAAUAUAAGAAUGUUAUCGAUCUUUGGAGUUACACUUGUUUUGUAAAUCUGGUUUACGAUCGAGCGUUUUUCUUGUGGAGUUUAGGCGUUUGAAGGCUUUCUCACGACUGUUUGGUAGGUGUGUCACUUCAUUGGGGAAUGAGAGAGGAGCUAUCCAGCUUCCUGUUUCGUUUUUUUUUCAUGCCUGUAUCCAUCAUUUUGAUAAACGUUCGAUCUUGGACAGAGUACCGUGGUCUGUUGUCAAGUUCUGUACGUUCAAACACCUUUCUGGCAAGUCCAUCCUCGAACUUUCCUUGUUUCCUUCUCUUUCCUACGGAAUUCUUUUAUGCUUUCAUGAGAAUCUGCAUGUGCUGAUGUCGCUUUGUCGACGUGGAAUACAUUUGAGCAAGGCUCGAUGAUGGAAGGUCGCCCGUUGUGGAGUAAGUGGGUCUUAAGGAGGAGAGAUCAUUGGUUUGUGUACACCGUCUAGAUACGUAUUGCCCAAUAUGACCUAUCCGAGGUCUAAUCGUUGUGCCCAUGGAGAGUCCCCCUUCCGUUUCUAGACUCUCGAACUUUGUGAAGUGGUGGUACAUCUCUUCCAAUGAGCAGAAGGAUGUCAGUGUCAUGUUGGGCUGAAGGUAUCUGAUCCGCAAUUGGGCGGAGAUGCGAAUGAGCCAUUGCUAUGUCAGGGAUCUAGUCUUUGUUCAAUUCAAUUUAUUAAAAAUAUAAAAAUUCGCACCAUAUAAGGCGAAUUACAUUAUAUAUUACACAGUAUAAAAUAAUAUAUUACAUUCAAUAGUAUCUAGUUAAAAAUUUAAAAAAUCUUAGUUAUUGCUGAUUAUGAACCUCCGUCAUUGUUGGAAAAUCUGUUCUACAUUUAUAUAAAGACAAAUUAUUUCCACUACGCACCGAUCGUCCGUGUGAUUCAUACCUCGUACGAGAUAUUAGGUUGGGAAAGUUUCGAACUUGGCUGGGUUUUAAGUUUAUUAAAAAGUUUUAAACACAAGCGUUGACGGUUGUCUUCAAGUCUCGGGCGUCCAGUAAGAGCUAAGGCUUCACGGUAAGAUAGAUGUGGGAAUAUAAUGCGGAAAAAUCGCUUCUGUGUGCGUUCAAUCUUCUCGAAAAAGGAAAUAAGGGAGGCGUUUAUGCCACACAGCGCAGCCGUAAUCCAAUAUGGAGCGGAUAACAGAUGUAUAUACUUAUUAGGUCCUCCUCAGGUACUCCAUUACGCUUCAGAGUACGAAUAAUAUACAAACGUCUUGCGGCUUUCUUGGUAACAAUAUCAACGUGUUCGUUCCAUUUUAAGUCGUCUUGGUGAUGAGCUGUGGUAAAUCAGGCAAAUGACGUUGGAAAUUAACUCUCAAUUCUUUACACCUUUUUAGAUUAAGUUUCAUAUAAUUUUAGUCAGACCAGUUUGAAAUAUGGUUUAGUUCGUAUUGCAUGUUAGAUUCGCUAUGUUUUGGAAUGACGUCGGAGAUGGUAAGAUCGUCUACAUACUUCCAAUGUUCUGAUUCUAAUGUGUUGUCGUUGACCAUUACCAAAAACAAGAUUGGACUUCUCCAAGUUUGACUCUCUGUCUGCGAUCAGACAAAAAGUCACAUUAAUCAUGGAAUAAUAGAUCUACGAAGCCCCAUGUAGAUCAGCUUAGUAAUCAGUACGUUCAAGUUAAUUCUGUCAAAUGCCUUACUAAAAUCUAGUAAGACAAUCCGUAGUGUAACCUCCGCUCCAAAAAUCUGGAAUGAAUUACCUAUGUAUAUUAGAAAUCUGCAUAACUUUAGUAUUUUCAAGAAAUUAGUUAAGACUUAUUAUUUUGAAGAAGCC